AUGGCGGGUGCUGUAAUUCUGAUGACAACCGUAUACGUGUUUCAGUCCGCCACACCGCUUACCGGCGUGGGCACCUCGGACACGCCACUGCUGUGGUUCCCAGACACAGGCGUCAAGACGGCAAUCCUCUAUGCGGAGCGACUUUACAACAAGCCAAACAAGUACCUCAUAAACCAGUUGAAUGUUUGUCUGUCCGGCACCCCUGUAGACUACGUCUUCUUUGUCUUGUCAGCAGCCCAUCAUACCGAGCAGCGUACCAUCAUAAGACGCACUUGGGUUGAAGAGGCUCUUAGAUGUUCGAGAAACAGGGUGCUGUUCAUUUUCGGCAAACCCAGCACCGCUGAGUUGCAAAGUGCCCUAGAGUUUGAGUCCCGACAGUAUGGGGACAUCGUGCAAGGGGACUUCUGGGACACCUACCGAAACCUAUCGCUUAAGGUUGUAAUGAUGCUUCGGUGGGCAUUGGAUCACUGUCCGCAGGCCAGGUUUCUCGUCAAGAUGGACGACGACUCUUUUCCGAACCUGAGCAACAUCUACAGGGUGAUGUAUGGGCAAACGGAAGACUCCAUCUAUGGCGAGAUUAGGCGGGGCUCCGUCGUGAACCGAAACCGAAACAGCAAGUGGUACGUCUCUUACGAAGAGUAUCCUAGAGAUGUAGCCCCAGACUUCAUCACUGGGGGUAUGUACGUCAUCGGAGGACGCGCGGUGGACUUACUCUACAGAGCUACCGGUCACGUCAAGCCAUUCGUCAUGGAAGAUAUGUUUCUAACUGGAAUGUGUGCCGAACGCGCGGGUGUGGCCAGGACGCAUCUGUUUGGCGCUUUCGAUCCAAAAGUAUCCUCGUUAUGCGACUACAAGGCUGCGACGUAUGUCCACCACGUGACGCCCGCACUUGUGAACGACCUUUUUACGCCUUGAAAAGUUUGGAGUACAAGUGUUGCAGGCUCUUUAUGGGCUUCUACGUUUGCUACUGUGGGGCUUCGGACAGCUCGGCAAGAUGACAGGAAUGCGUCACCUACCGUUAGCACAAACCCUUGCAUUUAUAGACCAUGUAGCUGCUGCAGCGUUGUCAUAACUGUGCA